AUGGACCGGAACCAGCAAUCUGGCGGGCUCGGCCCUCGCAAUGACUCUACAUCAAGAAUCCAGAAACCCGAGUCGGCUGCCGACCGCAUGGCUGCCCUCAAGGCCCGUGUCGCUGCCGCCGUCGGCACUGCCAAGGCAAAAGGAGGGCUCAACACACCCCUUCACCCAGUCCUCGCCGACCUCAACGCCCCGAUUAAACCGAGCGACUCCCUCAGGGCAUCACUUGACCAGCGCUCGACUCUAGAUGUUGGCAGAAUCGUUAGGGGAAAGCCACAGGGGCCCUCGACGACAACGCAAGGUGCCGCCCGGGCAAAUCCGUAUCUGGAUACGAGCAAUGCGCCAGCGGGCAGGGCAAGAGAACCGAGGCAGCUCAUCUUCAAUCAGAAGGGCAAAUACAUUCAGCAGGCCAAUGCCCUCCGGAGACAGGCUGCGCUGGAGGAGAUGAAGAGGAGGAUUGCCGAGCAGGCUCGCAAGGCAGGCCUGGAGGAGGACCGGGACGUCGAGAAGGCGUUUAUGGUCGAAGCGCCUCCCGACCUGGAGUGGUGGGACGAAGGACUCAUCGACGGGAAAGAUUACAGCAACAUUCCGCAGUCCCUCAAGGUCACGACGCCAGACAGCAUCGUCACGCUCUACAUUCAACACCCCGUCGCCAUCGAGCCGCCGCAGGACAAGCUUGCCCCAGAGCCGAAGCCCAUGUACCUGACGCCCAAGGAGCAGCAAAAGCUCCGGCGGCAGCGGCGCAUGAUGGAGCUCAAGGAGAAACAAGCCAAGAUCCGGCUCGGCCUCGAGCCCGCACCACCGCCCAAGGUCAAGAAGUCCAACCUGAUGCGCGUCCUGGGCGAAGAAGCCGUCAAGGACCCGACGGCGGUCGAGGCGCGCGUCAACCGCGAGAUCGCGGCGCGCUUCGAGAAGCACAUGCAGGCCAACGAGGAGCGCAAGCUGACCAAGGAGCAACGCCACGAGAAGCUCGCGACCCAACAGGCGAAGGACGCGGCCAAGGGCAUCCACGUGUGCGUGUUCAAGAUCGGCAGCCUGGCCAACGGGCAGCACCGGUACAAGAUCAACAUCAAUGCCACGCAGAACGGCCUCAGCGGCGUGUGCAUCAUGCACCCCAAGUUCAGCCUCGUCAUUGUCGAGGGCGGCGAGCACAGCGUCAACAACUACAAGAAGCUCAUGCUGCGACGCAUCGACUGGACCGAGUCGCUGCCCUCGCGCGAGAGGGACGUGACCGCGUCUGGCCCGGGUCAUAGCGCUGCUGCCGUGCGGGAGUGGCUCAAGGGCGAGGACGAGAACGGGCAGCCCAAGGAUUUGUCGGCGAACAAGUGCGUGCUGGUGUUUGAGGGCAUGGCGAAGGUGCCUGCGUUCAAGAAGUGGGGGAGCAAGGUGUGCGAGACGGACGGCGAGGCGAGGGAGUUCCUCGCACAGAGGAAGAUGGACAACUUCUGGACGCAGGCCAAGAAUACCCCGAUGUGA